CUGCUUUCCCAGGGGCUCCAACUUCUAGGUAGGGUCGCACUGGGGUAAUUGUUCCUUCGGUCGACGCACCAACUGUAUGCCCAUGUCUCGUCCUUUUGAGAAAGGAGCUCCGAAUCGCUAUGGGUUUCCGACCGACCUCAGUCCCUUCUCUUGCAGGGUUGGGUCAAGUCCGAGACCCCCGGCUGGACCACCGACCACUUUGCCACGGUCAAGGGCAUCACCAAGGCUGUCAUGGAGAAGUUUAACGGCGACGCGAGCAAGGUGAUCGUGACGGGCACUGCCGAGGGCGGCGUCGGCGCCCUGCAGUUUGCGAAGGCCUACCCGGACCUCGUCUCCGCCGCGAUCAUCACCGACGCGCCCUCUGCGACCUAUGGAGGCGCCGACGAUCUCGAGGGGCUGCCCGUGUACGUCACGGCCGACGGGUCGCGGGGAGACGCUGGCGCCGUGGACGCCCUCGUCGUGGCCUUGAAGGGGCGCGCGUCGGGCACGACGAAGUACACGCGGUACGUCAAAGCCCCGGCCGCGGCCGAUCCCGAGUUCAACCCGGGCUACGGGCACAGCUCCGACAUCGUGUACCGCGACCCGCAGCUGUGGGCUUGGGCAUAUUCGUUCAAGGGCGAGGGCGGCCGCGACGGUUGGGGAAUGAGCCCACUGCCCUUCGUCGCCAUGCACUGAGCAGACGCCACAGGCGUUCCGCACCCUGCGGCGCCGUGCGGCGACCUUUGGAAGAACCAUCGCUCCACACCCGUCGACGCUGCCAAAAAAAAAUUGCUCUCCGCGCCGCCCGCGCCCGGAGCCUGCUGCCGAGCUGCCCGUGCGCUCCCGCGGAGCAGACCGGAGCGGCCUCGGCGCCCGCCGCCCGCGGCGCUCGGAGGCGGCCGCGGCACCCGACGCCUCCUCCAGGCCCGCCAGCCUUCCGAGCUUGGCAUCGCUCGGACGUGUGCAUCUUUCCGUCGGCGAGGACCAUCGAGGAGCAUCCUUGAUCACUUGGUGCCUCCUCGCCCGGCCCUCGUCUCCUCAAUGCGCCCCCUUCCGCCGCCUCCUCUCCCCCAGGCUCCCUCGCUCCCUCGCCUCCUCCUCCUCCUCCUCCUGGCACCGCUCUGUCGCUCCCGACGCGGCUUGCGCGACCUCCUGGGCGAGGGGCAAAAUGGCCCGCGCGCGCGGUCUCCCGCCGCUCGCCUUCUGGACGGGCGCCUCGCCACGUCGGCUCGCUGCAUGCUGCGGUUCGUUGUCGUCC